AUGGCUGGGCGCAAGGACCUGGCCUUGGCCUCGACAAAUUGGCUCCAGCGCCAAGCCGAGCCAAGUGAGGCUGUGCAAGCCAGUGCGAUGCCACCCCGGCCCAGUAGAAUUGUCCUCUCUGGUGUGAUGUGCCCAGGCUCUGGCCCCAAGGGUGUGCAAACGACACAGAUUGGUCUCGGCUUGCUCCAACAACAGAGAAAGCAAGCGUUGUUGCUUGUGGUUAACAAGGGUGGUUGCAUUUGCAACCGCUUCUGUGGGUGCCCCAUCCUGGUUGUUGUAUCCAUGCUUUCCGGCUCUCGCAUACUAGGCCGGGCCCGCAAGCGGUGCGGCAAUGUGCGUGCGUUUGCUGCAUUCGCUGUGCAGUACUGGACGUGCGACGCCCAAGCCUACCUCGGCUACUCUGAUGGGCGCAUUGCGGAGCGUACACGUGCCCGAAGAUGCCCUUGCUGGGCACUCGGAUUCAUGCUGCGUGCUCUCCAGACGGAUCGCUACGGCCAAGGCGGUCAGCCUCGCAAGGUUAUCUCUCGAGCCAAGGACGACACCAUGAGCCGCUCUCAGGCCUAUUGA